AUGUCCGGUUACUCCAAUGUUGGUCAAAGCUCCGUCUAUGAGAACGGCGACCAAAGGAACCUGAAGGACUCAGAGAUCCCAGGCCGUCCCCGAUUUGAAGAGGGUGUAGAGAAUUCGCAUCUGCCCAACGACUCUAAGGACGAGCGAUCCAUUGCUAACCGUCUAGCUAAUGAAGAGCGCAAAUUAAGCCGUGAAGAGCAAGACGACCCAGAGACCAAGGCUUCCAAGAAGGACCCGACAUUGCCUGCUAAGCUACACGGCAAUGAACCCUCUAAAGGCGCCAAGAUUGAUGCGGAUUUACAAGCGGAAGAAGAGGAGUACCUGAAGCAGAAGGGCAAGAAAUAG